AUGCAAGGGACAGACUUGCAAACAAUACAAGAAAUUUUACCUAGUGCCUCUGCCAGUGACAUCGAAUCUGCACUGUUGUAUGUAAAUGGGGAUGUUGCAGAAGCAGUGCAACAUCUUUUACCAGGUAAGGGUUUUGCUAUGGAAAUUUGUGAGUGGAAUACGAGUAAAUUGAUUUAACAUUACUGCAUGUGCAGUUAAUAGUUAUUGCGUACCAUACUGUGGUGUGACUAUCACGUUCGUAAAAUGCUGUAUCAAGGGAUACAGUAAGAGGUUUACGGUUUAGUAUUAUACGCGGGGUCAGGGGGCUACGGGGUAUUGGGUGCGGUAUAGAUCGAAAAUUCGGGGUGCGGUAGAAAUCGAAAUAAUCUGAAUAGAACUUUUAGAAAACCUUAUAAAAAUGGUUAUAUUAUGCAAAUUGUUGUGCUGUUUGUGUAUAGGUAUAAUCGUAGAAAUGUUGCAUUGGAUUUAUGGAUUGUGUAGUACAGUUUUGUUAGAGGUUCUUGUCAGAUUACUACAAAAAAGAGCUAAAAGAGUUUUUUUACUCUUUUCGAUUUCUACCCACACCCCGAUUUUCUACCGUUUCCGCAUUUUCUACUGUAUCCGUUUUUUCUACCGUUCCCCUUUACCACACGUAUUCCACUAAACCAGUCCUUUACUGCGUAGUUAAGAGAAAAAAAUGCAGACUGCACUAUAUGUGUGCUGCUUCAUAGUGGUACUGUAUGCCAUCAUCUGACAUCGAACCAUUCUUAUUUGCUUUGGUACACUAUGUUUUGGAAUAUGCAUGCACCAUUAUGUCCUAUGUCCUAAGUUAUGUAAAAUUUGUAUCAAGAAAACGUCUAUGGUUUAUAUAAAUGGUUUUUAUUAGUGUGAAGUUUCACUUCACACUAUUGUGAUGGCUGGCGAAUUCACACGAAUCAGUCAGUCAGUCUGGCAAUCGUAGAGUAAACUUUCCGGGGGGUGUAUACAAUUUAUGUCCAUAGUGAUUUAUUGUACUUAGUCAGAACUUUGAAGGUUAUUUAGGCAAUUUCAGUUAACUUAUUUACAUAUUCUGUUAUCCUUUUGCCAAGUUCACAAAAAUUUCGAUGAAUCGCUUUCGUUAUUGUAAUUUUUUGUAAAUUUUAGAACAUUCGCUUCUCCUGUUGUGUAAAAGGAUCUUUACCCCGGAACACCCAAGUUUUUUUUUAGUAGUGCAAAUGCGCAUGCGCUAUCAAGCCGUAGAUCACGAUGGCGUGACGAUAUGCUAGGAAGGAGUGACAGUGUUGUUUUCAGAUGUAUAAACUUUUCAGACGUGAAUAUUUGGUAAAUCUUUGAAAAUCUACGCAAAAUAUAAAUUGAUCUUAUGCAUUACAGGCGUUCAAUUAAGUGCCGAUUCAUUAUACAGAGCUAGGAAAGAGCUAGACCACCUAGACAGUGCAGUCAAGUGUAUAAACAUUUCAGACGUAAAUAUUGAGUUGAAAAUCUUUGAGAUUUUAGGCAUUCGAUUGAGUGCCAAUAUUAUUUUCACGGCAUACUCAUUAUACAGAAGUACAGUACGUAUAGGCAGAAGCGAGACAGUGUUAACGUUUUCAAGUAUAUAAACAUUUCAGACAUGAAUAUUGAGAAAAUCUUUGAGAUUCUAUGCAAUAAUACAAUAUAUAAUUUUAUGUUAUACAUUACCAGCAUUCAAUUAAGUGCCCAUCGAUAAUAUUUAGACCGUGUAUUCAUUAUACAUUGUCAUUGACUGUAUAAGGUACUACAUCACAGAAUAGAUGGCUACACUCAGUACAAAGAGCGAAAAAUUGCAUCAGAUCUGUAUCAGAUCAAUAAAGCAUAAACAACUAUUAAACAGAAGCGGGUAAACAUCUGUACGGUGUUUACAAAGAAAAUAACUUGCGAGACUAAAGAAAUCAGUUGAGUCAGAGCUCCUUAUUUAAAUAAGAAAGACGAGGAGAUAGCCAAGUCUGUUAUCACCAACGUGUUAUCGCUAAUCGCUUGGCUCGCCAACAAGCUUUAUGCAAUAGAAGAAAAAAGCAAGGAGGUACAUGUAACCAACAUGUACCGUCACAGACCUUGUCUUUGUUUGCUGUACAACACCAUUGUCAAUGGUGCAAACUUGUGUUCAGUGCAACGAUAACUCUACCAGAUCUUAUGAGAACAAUCUGUAGUAAUCUGUACACAGAACUGUAUCAAAGCUUGUCAAAACUGCUUUAAAUUAAACACUAAACAAAGCCUCUGGCUCUGACUGGCUGUUAAAUCAAACCAGCCAAUCAAUGCCCAGUUUACAAACCUGUUUGUGAAUUUCAUUAUGAACUUUUGAACUUGGCAACGAAUUUGCGAAGUUCGGAACGAAGUUCGGAAUCUUAUGAUGAAAAGUCAGCUGAAAUUGACUGAAUGAUGUAACGACAUAGUGCUUAUUUAUUCAUAACAUAUCUUAUACAGCUAUUUCAAUUAUAGUUUUAGAUAAAUUUAGCAUAGCAGUAGCCUCGUGGAGAUGCUUUUAGCGACAGCUGCAAAUGCAAAUGAAAAUUUAGAAUAUGCAAAAUUUGGUUGUUGGUGAAACAAUUUAAAUUUCGAAUUGUCGCAUGUAGCAUCACAAUAAAUAGAUAAAUUGCAUCAGUUUCACAAGGCACGUUUCUGGUGUGUUAGGCUUGUUUCAAACGUCAUGCUACUUGUGUACCGAGCGUAUUAAAAGCAAUAAAUAAUGAGAUGAAAUGGCUUUGGUAACUGUUUAUUUCGUAGUGAAAGCCAUCACCUUUUCUAGGUUGUCGGCGACCCUAUAUAGUUUUUGCAGUGUCUUUUUCAAUUUGAAACUUCACACUAUCCUUGGAUGCCUAGUUUUUCUGAUUGUAUCUCAUUUUGUUCAUUUUUAUAUAAACAUAUAUUUUAAUCAUUGCAUGCGUAAACUCGCCGCGAGGACGUACGUAUUUAUUUACAAUUUACAUUGGAGGUUUAAGAAAAUAAAAAACACACAACAAUUAAAAACGGGGAAGACACGUUGACAAUUCGUCAUUUGUUUUAUUUGUUUUAUUUUACCGGCUUAGAUAUGUCGAAGAAGAAUCCGUGUAACAUACUGUAAACAUAGCAUAAUUUAUUUAAAUGCAAAACUAUUUAUAAUUUUCAAUUAAGAGACAGUGUAUCUACUGUGCUUGUUUAUUUUACUAUGACUGUCUUUUGUAUCUUUUAUAUUUUUUGAUCAGAUAUAGUUAAUGUUGACAAAUGGCAAGACAAUGAUGAUGAUAAUCAGUUACUGAUUCCUGCAUUUGGAGAUGUCGAGGAGAUAACUUCGCCCAAGGCCGCUAUGAAACUGUUUAAAAAAGAAAACAUUGAUUAAGACAAACCUCAGCAAAGGGUAUCUCUAAGCAGAAUGGAUGGGCUUGACCACCUCAAGAAGGAUGUCAUCGGAGUAUCCAAGAACCCAAGCACCAAACUUAAAGUGGGGCUUAGAGUUCGCUUUGAAGAAGAUGUGGUUGGCAAUGGUCCCCCGUUAGAGAAUUUCUGACAAUCGCAGUUAACAUUAUAGACGAAGGCUUAAGUUCGUCAGGUUCAAAAAAACUAUUAUUCUUUGAAGGUCAAGUGGACCAUCACCUUCCUGUCCUUAACCAGUCAUUGCGGGUAACUGGUACAUUUAAAACCCUUGGAAAAAUACUGGGUCACUCUGUACUUCAUGGUGGUCCAGGUUUGCACAGUGUGUUGCCAGCAGUGAAAUGUUACAUGAAAUCUGAUAGGAGUACGGCUUGCUCGCAAUCAUUGCCUGUCACUCUCGAAGACGUGCCUGACCUGGACUUGAGGCAGAUGAUAGCAGAGGUACAAAGAUGCAGGGCUGCUUAUCCACACUGUAGCUUGUGUACUGUAGCAUGUACUGUAGCGUGAAUAUAACUAUGCAAACCAAAUUAUUUUGUCUUGUCCAUAUAACCUUUUUUCAAUGUUAUAAGAUUUAAUUUUGUUUUAUAUUUUGAAAACGUUGUUGUAUAGUUUGAAAAUGAAGUCAAUAACCUUAUGUAUCGAUCAAUUCGAAACUUCACCAUCACCCCCCCCCCACCCCCGCCCGGGCAUACCCCAGGAAUUUGACUUCAAGUCUUCUCCAGGGAGUAGGGAAUUUGACGUUCUAGGUCUUCCAUGUGGUGGGGCAUUUGAUAACAGGGUGGGGAAUUUGAACCGGAAGUCUUAACUUCCCAAAUGACCAAACGACCAAACCAAAUGACCAAACAGUCAAAACAGAUUUGAAAUACUCCUUAGAAUCAUACCUGUACGAGGCUGGACUGGAUCCAGAUGAGUUGCAUUCUGGCAGGAAGAUUGUCAUUGACGGUCUCAUUAUGUAUCAGGUCAUUGAUAAAAGGAGACUUGAAUUGGACGAAUUAGCUAAAGGUACAUUUUACAUCAUUUUUCUCAUGAGUGACAAUAUAAUAUUUACACAGUCUGGCAAUCCAAAGACUAAGCUGCCGUAUUGAACAUGCACGAACAUGUAUAAAUAUAGUUGCUUGCUUCAAGCAAGAACUAUAUGAAUUUCACCAAAAGCGAAAAAAUAUACAUACCGAAUGUCCCAAAAAAAAGUACUCCUGUUUGAUUCUUAAUAACUCUGAAGCGAGUGAAGCUAUUACACUCAAAUAUAUUUUAUUAGAUAGAGGAAAGGCUAACUUAGAUUUUGCUAUAUUACAGUUGUAUAUUUAUAAAGAGAGAUAUUAGUGUUCAAAUUUGGUAGUAUAUUUCUGGAUGUGUCAAAAAUUUGCAAAAAACAGCGUAUCAAAUAUUAACCAAGCGUUGCCGUUGCUCAACUUAAAGACGUAUUAUUAUGAGUAAAUUGAUGAAACUUGAUAAAAUGUUUAUUGCGAAACGAAGUAUUAUUCACAAAAUACAAACAAUAUUUAUUCGGUCGGAAUCGCGUGACCUCUAACACUGCAUUGUCUAGCUCGUCAGAGACCAUGCAUAUAGCGUCGUGUCAUGUCGUUUCAUGCAAAAACUUCUUGUGUAUUGAGCUAUAAUUAUUGUUCGUUUUGUCAGGGCAGGAGUAUUACCCCAGCGACCUGUCUUCUUACUUCUGCCGCGUUUUGGAAUCUUGCAUGCACUAAGCAAAUCCCAACUCUUUGAUCCUUAGUUAAUAAUCUUGGCAUACUCAAAACGAAACACAAUUAAACCAUAUAACAUAACAAUAUAACCUAACGUGCAACUCCCCAGAGAUAUGGAACAUUCUUGGAACAAAAUGUAUCAAAAAUAUUAAUAGCGCUGAUACAGUAAUAUGGUUAUAAUAGUAUUAUUUAAAUUUAACUACCAUAUUCAUCCUAUUCAAACUUAGAAACAGUCAACUUUGUUUUGUUCGUUUGAGAAUACUCAAAAUAUGAAUAGGCCGUUCAAGAAAAUUUAUUACUCCUUAAUUAACCUGUUUUUGGGUAUUUUUAAAAAUCGAUCAAAAACGGCAUAAAUUCAAACGUUAUAUUCUGUAUAUGUCUCAUCGAAAUAUACAGAAUAAAGUUGAAAAGAAAACUCGGAUACUAUUUUAAACAAAUCAAAUCGCAUAUUUCGGCGAAUAUUUUAACAAUUUAUACAGUAAUGGAAUCCGAUUCUUCAAACAACGUGCACAUGGACAACAUCAAUAGAUAUCAAGUCAGUAGCUUCAAAAUGUCAAAUGCAAAGCGUGUCCCAGUUGAGAGAUUGGAUUUUUCUAUUUACAAGCCCAGUGCGAAUCAAGUAGCUUUCUCGUCAACUGAAGAAAGAUUACCCCUUUGGAUUAAAGCGAUGGAGCUCCGAUACAAACAUGGCGGCUCGGUUUUCAACAACAAAAUUACCACUCAGUGGGAGGAACACGAUGAUACAGAUGAUGAUACUAAAUGCGACAAAGUUCUCAUCAAUCUGACAUCACACUACAAGUGA